GAGUUCCUAUUUAUGUCCAUUAUAAAAUAGCGUGAAAAAAUAAUUUUACAAUAACAAGUCUACAAAAUAUUGGACGAGGACGCUAUACACACUGCAAAAGCCCCACCUCACAUGUGAUAAUCCAUUAUAUUAUUCAAGGACAGAGUUAAGAUAGUAGGCCCGUACCAGAUAUCAGUGUGUUACAGUAGUAGGCCUCAUUGACAUUGUUUCUCUACAAUGAAACUAAGUCCAAGAGAACAAGAAAGUCUGUUGAUCCACCAAGCAGGAUAUCUUGCCCAAAAGAGAUUAGCACGUGGGACAAAACUCAACCAUCCUGAGGCGGUUGCACUGCUGUCUUGUCAGUUGCAAGAGUUUGUUCGUGAUGGACAGCAUUCAGUUUCUCAGAUUAUGGAUCUUGGACGCAAGAUGUUAGGUUUUCGACAUGUUUUACCUGGUGUACCAGAAAUGAUUCCAGAGGUCCAGAUUGAGGCAACUUUUCCAGAUGGCACUAAAUUGGUUACUGUUCACGAGCCUAUUGCUACCGAAGAAGGAAACCUCCAGAAUGCGCUAUAUGGUAGUUUCUUACCUAUAGUACAUCAUGAAGGUGUAUUCAAUGUAAAAGAAAAGGAUGUUGGUCCUGCUGAUGCUUCAGUAGAGGUCGUCCCAGGCGAACUCCUUGUCGGUUCUGAGGAACCAAUUGAAUUGAACUGUGGUCGUAGAACGGACAUGCUAACAGUGACCAGUAGAUGUGACCGUCCCAUUCAAGUUGGUAGUCAUUAUCAUUUUGUUGAAGCAAAUAAGUAUUUGACAUUUGAUCGGAAGAGGGCAUACGGAAUGCGUCUUAAUAUAGCAGCUGGUACUGCUACCAGAUUUGAGCCUGGGGAAACAAAGAAUGUCCAUCUAGUUGAAAUAGGGGGACGGAAAGUGAUUCGAGGUGGAAAUGCUAUCGCAGAUGGUCAAGUCUCACUUGAAAAACUCAGUGAAAUUCAAGAUAUGCUGCAACUCUUUGGCCACAAGGAACAGAAAGAGAAUUUGUUGAUCGGAGAAUUUACUUCUACUAUCUCACGAACAGUAUACGCUCAUACCUACGGUCCAACCGUGGGAGACAAAGUCAGACUUGGGGACACCAGUUUGAUUAUUGAGGUAGAAAAAGACUUUACUGUUUAUGGUGAUGAAUGUAAAUUUGGCGGUGGAAAGGUGCUGCGAGAGGGAAUGGGUCAAGCUGCCCACGUGACCAGCGACGAUGCUUUGGAUACAGUCAUAACAAAUGCUUUGAUAUUAGACGCUGUCACAGGAAUAAUAAAAGCUGAUGUUGGCAUUAAGAAUGGAUUAAUCCAUGGAAUUGGAAAAGCUGGUAACCCAGAUACAAUGGAUGGAGUAACACCUGGACUGGUGGUUGGUGUCGGAACUGAAGCAAUUGCUGGUGAGGGAUUGAUAUUGACUGCUGGAGCAAUUGAUUGCCAUGUUCACUUCAUCUGUCCACAACUUGCACGCGAGGCCAUUGCUUCAGGGAUCACAACCAUGUUUGGUGGUGGAACAGGACCAGCCACAGGAACAUGUGCAACAACAUGCACACCGGGGCCAUACCAUAUAAGGAAUAUGAUCCAAAGUACAGAUGUAUUACCCCUCAACUUUGGUUUCACAGGAAAAGGCAACACAAGCAGAUCAACUGGUGAUGUCCGUGAACUAGAAGAACAAAUAGAGGCUGGAGCCAUCGGUCUUAAACUCCAUGAAGACUGGGGCUCUACCCCUGCUGCCAUUGAUACAUGUCUGCGUGUGGCCGAGAAAAUGGACAUCCAGGUCAUGAUUCACACAGACACACUCAAUGAGUCGUCAUGCGUCGAGCAGACAAUUGAGGCAUUUAAGGGACGUACCAUUCACACAUACCAUUCUGAAGGAGCUGGUGGUGGCCAUGCUCCAGAUAUCAUCAAGGUGUGCGGAGAAAAGAAUGUCUUGCCAUCAUCUACUAACCCAACUCGACCUUUCACAAGAAACACUAUCGAUGAGCACUUGGAUAUGCUAAUGGUGUGCCAUCACCUGGACAAGAAUUUAAAGGAGGAUGUUGCUUUUGCCGAGUCAAGAAUCAGAGCUGAAACAAUUGCUGCUGAAGACAUCCUGCACGACAUGGGCGCAAUCAGUAUGGUGUCCUCGGAUUCACAGGCAAUGGGUCGGAUUGGUGAAGUCAUUGGAAGAACCUGGCAAACUGCAGAUAAAAUGAAAAUCUUCAGAGGACGACUUAAGGAUGAAAAUGGAGAUAAUGAUAAUUACCGAGUGAAGCGCUAUGUUGCCAAGUACACCAUUAAUCCAGCCAUUGGUCAUGGUAUGGGUCAUUUGAUUGGUUCAGUGGAGUGUAAGAAGCUAGCUGAUCUGGUGCUUUGGAAGCCAGCAUUCUUUGGAGCUAAGCCAGAAAUAAUCAUUAAAGGUGGACAGAUAGCGUGGGCUCAAAUGGGUAUGCCAAAUGCUUCAAUUCCAACUCCAGAACCAGUUAAGAUGCGGAAAAUGUUUGGUGCCUAUGGAAAAUCCGUUGGGAAUUCUUCUGUGAUAUUUGUGUCACAAGCAGCAGGUGCUGGUAUUAAAGAACGGUAUGGGAUAAACAAAUGUGCUGAACCAGUUCGCAGGUGUCGAAAUUUGACUAAAGAAGAUAUGAUAUUGAAUAACUAUCUUCCAGAAAUAACUGUGAAUUCAACAACAUACAAAGUUCAUGUCCGGGAUCGUGAAACUGAUGAUACACCACAGCAUUUAACCUGCCCUCCAGCCAAUCGCUUGUCAUUAGCACAGCGAUACUUCAUGUUUUAAUUAUUUAGUAUGCCUUAAUAUGUGACUAUCAUGACUCAUGAUUAUAUGUAGGCACAUCAUGACUAUAUAUGGGCAUACAACAGUUUUUUUUUAUCAAAACAAAUUUGAUAGACUGUACAGUGUUUUUAAAAUAAUAAUCAUGGCUUUGCAGAGUCGGAUCGGGAAAUAUCCACAAAGGUGUGGAGGGAGGAGCCUCCGAAGGGGCCGAUCGAGAUUACAAUACCCUAGGAGUCCCCAUGAAAUUUCUGUGUUUUAGAUGCCCGAAAAUAACCUUUGAGGCCUUUUGGGCGAUCAAUUUAUUCUUUCUAAAAGGGGCGGGGGGUUUCCAAAAGGGGAAGGGGCCGGCCCGGCACAUAAUGUUACAAAAUCUCCAUACAUUAUGAUCAACCUUAUUAUUAAUUAAUACUAAUUAUGGAGAAAAUGUAAUGUCAAGUUAGAAUGAGGCUAUGGUUUAUGUAUAUAAUGGUGUUUAUGUUAACUGUGUAAAGGAUAAAUAAGAUGUUUUUUGACCGAUUUGAGUUUGUUUGGCUUUACUCUGAAAUUAUGUACAUGAAAUAAAAAAUAGUAAAUAUACAGUAAGUAACAAUGACAUUAUAAUAAAAUGAAACAGAUUUUCAAUAUACUAUAUUUAUAUCAAAUUAAAUUACAUCUUUCUGGUCUCAACUGACAAAGUUGCCCAAAGUGGAGUGAAAGCUUGUGUUUCAAUAAAUGGAGUUACCUGUAACCAAAAUUAUGACCUUGUGAAUAUCUAUAUAAUAUACGGCUGUAUUUAUCAAAUGGUAAUUUAAAUAUAAUAAUCAUGACCCUUUGUAAUGAUAAAUUUUUAUUACUAUUGAUUGAUUAUAGGGACAAUAUUAUUAAAAUUACUCUUGAAUUAUAGAGAAAUUAUUUAAAAUGCUAGGGCUUCAAUCCAGGAAGAUAUUCCUGGAUUCCCCACUAGAAAUUAAGCUGGAAAAUACUGCUGCUGUUUACAUUUACAAUUGCAAAAUAAAACAUUAGUAGACUCCAAUUGUUUUCAUAUAUUUAUCUGUAAAUGAAAUUCUUCAUCUGUAUUUCACUUUUUAAAGCUAACCAGAACCAGUAGCAUAGCUAGAGGGUGCUGAGGGUGCUUGAAUACCCCUGCUUUAUAUUAAAUUAAUGGAAGUAGUAAAUGGCAAACUAAUAGUUAAAAUUAACAUUAAUUAAUUUUUCAUAAAAAGUAAAUUAUCUGAUCAAAAUUCUUGUGUUUCCCACAUCUAUUAUUACUCACUUCUACUAGUCCGGCUUUCUGCAUUGUAUUUUUAUUUCAAGUAGAAUUUGAUGCAUGUAAUCUAUCCAUGAAAUAAAUAUUUAUUUUUAAUGCUACUAAAUCCCCAAUCAUGGUGGGGCUGAGUUGAAUGUGUAUUAUAUAGCUCAAAUGUUAGGGUUAUGAUUGAAAUUUGAGCACCUGUCGGGGAAAUGCCAAUGCCAUUGGUGGGCAGUGUCCUCAAUUAUGUGCUUUAUAUUCCAGUCUAGAAUGUAAUAUUUCUACACAGCAUCUCUUUUUGAAAUCCUGGAAUCAACACCGAGAUCGGAGUGAAAGCAUGUGUUUCAGUAAGUGAAGUUGUGGAGUUGUCAAACUUGUUAUAUUUUUUUCAUAUUAAUGACUCCUACUUUUAUUUAACCUUCAUUUAGUUCCCUAUUCAUGGGUUGCAGCUUAAACUAGGGUCCUCGAAAUUUACAAAAUAAAUUAAAAUCGCUUUUCUGUGGUCCCAAAUUAA